UAUUCUCUGGAAACUGUGCAGCUAUCUUGCUAUUAGUUCCGAAAUUGUGAUGAUGUAUCAUUCAUUUCAGAUUCUACAAUGUUUACGUAUCUUCCUUGAGUGAAAUGAAGAGUUUUGUAGUUUCGUAUUUUGGAAUAUCUUGACCAACCUUGAAUUUGUUUCAGAAAUGGGCACUGAGGUGCCAAAAACUCAAGAUUCCAGUGGUGAUUCUGAUUCCAACAGUGAUUCUGAGAAUAGCAGCUCGAGUGAUACCUCGGGAAGUGAUUGGGAAUGUUCAGGGAGUAAACAGAGCAGCGCACGGAAACCACAUUUCUCAGUCACCUCCUGUGAUACUGGCUUAAAACUUAAAAUAGCCGCGAUUCCGCGUAAGGUGACGCCUACCAAGCCUGCCAAACCAUCAGUAAAGAAGAAAACCAUCGAAGGAACUUUGAAGACGCCCAAAGAUGUAAAAAAGAAGGUCUCCGAGAGUAGUUCAAGUUCAGAGUCAUGCAGCAAAUGUUCUUCAGAUUCUUCAAGCGAAGACGAUCUACCAUUGAAGACUGUGAAGAAGAAUUUGCCAGCAAAAUGUUCUCCACAGAAGACUACAGUAAAGACAGCUAGGAAUUCCAUCAAGAGCGAUAGCGAUGAAGAACUUUGUAUGGCUAAAGAGAAUGCGAAAUGCAAGGAGAAACCUUGUGCAUCGAAGGCUAAUGCUAGUGUAAAAAAGACUAAAUGUGAUGAAUCCAGCAAUGACUCCAAUGCAAAGAAAGGACCAGCAAGGCAGAGAACUAAGUUUGCUUCUUCGGCAACCGAAGGCGGCGCGUGUGGCAGCACUUCGUCGUCGACUUCAUCGUCGUCUUCUUCAUCAUCGUCGUCUUCAUCAUCGUCAUCGGAUUCGGACACCGCGGACGCCGCUGGCGGCUCCGCUCAUGCUUCCGCCGAUGAUUCUAGUGCUGCCCUUGCCGCCGCUUGUCAAUUACAGGUCAUCGACGAUGCGGACCUUGCGGAACUAUUUCCGGAACAAACAUCGAGCGCGCCGGCGCAACAGCCCAAUUUCUCAGCCUUUCCUGUUCACAACGCGUCGCCGGAGAGCGACAACAAGUCUAUAGCUGAUAAUGGUGAUGGGUCAAGUAGUGAAAUGGAGCUUCCGCCGCAGCUAGUGUCAGCUGCGAUACAGAGAGCUACGGCUGACUCUUCUGGGUCUGAGAAUGAGUGUUCUAACUCUGACACUGUUCAUCAAAAUGCUUCGCAUUACGCAUCUAGCUUACUGCAACAGUUUGUUGCAAAAACUCAACUUCUGAGUAGUACUGCUCCUCUUACGUCCAUUAAUUCUGCAGCAGCAUCUUCUUUAACGUCUGCACUUAAUACAAAUCCAUUAAGUGGUGUUGGUACUAUAAACGAAUGUGUCCUAGAUCAAAUUAAUAAUCUGACAGAUAUCCCACCAAUUGUGCCAAGUUUUUUAAAUACUACUCAACAUCUGAGUCCGCAGCAAACAGAAGAGCUCACUCAAAUUAAUAAAGACCUGGAAGAGAUAACGGCUGGUACAGAAUCAGUCGGUUUAUCAAUACCAAACCCACUAAGCCUAGAAGAUUGUGUGGACAAUAAUGACUUCAUGAACUUGGAUAUAACGUCAGGUGGCUCAGAGCUCGGCAGUGCUAGUGACUUCUUAAAAAGUUCGCCCAUAACAGUGGCCAGUGCAGAUUCAGGCCCUAUGAAUCAAAUAGAUUCUCAAAAAUUAGAUACGAUCAGUACAAAUUCUGUUGAAUCUCAGGAAGAUGUUAAAAAUGUCAACGUUGAAUCUAGAAGAAAACGUGGAAGACCCCGAAAGGUCAGAAAAGUGGAAGAAUAUGACCAUAAAGGUACUGAAUCUCAGAAAGAAGCUAAGUCCAGAGAUAAUGCUAUAAAUGAUUUUCACAACAAUAAUGACCCACCUAAUGUUUCCCCAGACUCAGGUAUCUUGUCAAACCAUAAUUCGCCUACCCAUUCACCGUUACGGCGACAUGAUAUGGAUGAAAGUCAUAGUAAUAGUAGGCACAGUAGAAAGUCCAUUCAAAAGGAAAAUACCACAGUUGAAAGGCAACGUGCACGAUCUAAAUCGAAAACCCGUAGUAGAGCACACAAUAGAUCAGAUUCGAGUGAUUGUGACUUCUCGAAAAAACGAAUAGAAAAUGAGUUAAAGCAAAUUAAAACAGAAGCUCCUUCUCCUGUCCCACUAAAACAAGAGCAAAAUAAAUUAGAAAAAACCAGGAAAAAUGAUCAUAAAUUAGAUAUAGCUGCUUUAGAUAGAAUGUUAUAUGCUACUGAUAGAGUAUUAUAUCCGCCAAGAAAAAAAGUUGGACGAAAGCCACAAAAUAAAGCAAAAAGUACGAAAACUACUAAAACAUUGAGAGAUAAAAACCAAUACGACUCAGCGGAUAGUGACGAUGACUCAUUACCAUCUAAUAGAUCAGUAUUAUCUGGAGUUUAUGCUAAAAGAAAAGAAGUGAAUAGUAAAUUAGCAACUUUACCUAAAAACAACAAGAGUAAUAAACCAGUUAAUAAUUCUUGGAGAGAUCAUCAAAGUGAAAAUGAAGCAGCCGCUGACGAUCCGCUGGACCCAACAUGGAAACAAAUAGAUUUAAAUCCAAAAUUUAAAGAUAUACUAUCGGGCUACAAGAGUGAUUAUGAGUUUAAACCUUACAAAAGUUGUAGUCGACUCAUAGAAUCCGGAUAUAAGAGCGAUUACGGUUGCCGAUCAGGCUAUAAAAGUGAUUGUUAUCGUUCUGGAUACAAAAGCGAUCAUAAGUCUGGCUACAAAAGUGAUAAGUCAGGAUAUAAAACCGAUUACAGUGUAAGAAGUAUGCGAAGGCGUAUGAGAAAGCUCAAGAAGACUCGGUCGGUGAGGAAUAGAUCUUACUAUAAAAAUCAAAAACACUUCGUUUCCGAUCAAGAAAUUCUACUUUUAUCAAAUGAAACAUUCAGCAGUCUCACUCUUGGACACAGUUCUAGUGAUUCUGAAUGUGAGACAUAUUUACGGAAACCUAACGCUAGUCCAAAGUAUGUGAGUGUGUGUACAAAAUAUCCAUUACCGUCAAAAUAUAACUACGGUUUUACAAAAGCAAAUCAAAAACACGUAUUGAGACUAAAUGUAUCUGAUCCUUUUGCUCCAGGACCAGUAUUUAGUGGCUUACAAAGGCCGGUUACGACUUAUAAUAUAUUUAAAGUAAGUCACAAUAAUAAUAACACCUUAUUAAAAUCUCCUACGAAGAAUACGUAUGUAGGUAACUCUUUACCGUCACUUAAACCUUUCUUCUCACACAAGUUUGGAGUUUCACCAAUCUGUACAACAAAACAAUCCAAUUCAAAGAAGGACAGUUCUGCAAGUCUAAGACUUUUUACAAGAACGCUUUCUCCUAAGAAUCGUAAACAAGUAAAAAAAGAUUCGCCGUCAAAGAAAGAAAAUUCUACAAAACCAUUACCCGGAAUUUUCGAAAAAUCUAAAAACUCAUAUAUUCCGAAUAAAUCUUUGUUGAGAAAUGUAUUUUUAAAUUUUAAAAAACCAAACAUUAAGCCCACUUAUCAUAUUAAGAAGCAUAGAAGAACAGUUGUACUCGCACCACCCAAAAUUAACUUAAAACCUGCAGAGCGACCAUCUCGCGUAACUAUUAAAACUGAAAACAAGCACCAUAGGCACAGAAGUAAAAGACGACACCGCUCCAGAUCAGUUUCGAAAUGUCGAGAAUCAUAUAGUCGAAAUUCUGUCGACUCCGUUGAUCAAAAAUUCACUCAAGAUAUGGAUGGCCUUAUAUCAAACUUUAUUAAACUUUGCCAAAUUGCACCUAAGUUUAUUGUGAACACACAAGCUAUUGCACAGAAGGCUGUAGAAAAAGAAAAACCACCGGCUGAACCAGCACCGCCUGCAAAAGUAAUCAAAAGAGUGUCUAAGAAAAGAAAAACAUCAGAUAAUCAAGAAAUUGCUACACCGACUUCAAAACGAAGACACAAAAAACAGUUAACUGAAUCACAAAACAAAGGCAGUAAAGAUACUAAUGAACACAAACUACCUUUAAAGAAAAGACAUUACCAUAUAAAUUCGUCUACAAGCAACGCAUUAAGUCUUAGUUUAGUCACAGCUGAAUUUGAUGACAAUCUAAAAACUGUUAGCCCUGAAAAAUUUUUGUGCACCGAAACGGAUUGCAUGGGGGAAAUACAUAAUAAUAGCAAUGACGAUUCAUCUAAACAGAAGAAUUCGUCAGAAAAAGCUAAAAAAGACUCAAAAAACAUUUGCUCUAUUACACAAGAAGCUAAAAACCUCAAUAAUGAAUCGUUGCCAAAAUCAACAAAAGCGAAUGCAAAUACUGCCGAAAUGGUACCCACCACUGAUGAUAUUUUAAACUCUUCAGUGUCGGCAAGUAUGAUUGACGACGAUCUUAUGAUAAAGAAACCCACGCCAGAACAGUCUGAACUAUCAAAGAAAAUUUAUGAAACUUCAGAAAAACUCAGAGCUGUUCAUAAAAUGGUUCAUGAUUUAGAAAAAUGUUUACCGAAAUCUAAAGAAUCUGAAACUAAAGCAGAAUUAUCAAAGAGUGAAACACAUCGGAUUUCUUCACCAAGAUCGGAAGCCAAAUUAUCACCAAUUCGCAAUCCAGCCCCUAUAGCAACACCCAAAAAACGCCACAGAUUAGAAGCAGAAAAAGUAACAUCACUUUCUAAUUUAGAUCAAGUGGUACAAUCAUUGUCGAAAAAGUUAUCUGAAGACAAAGUAGUUAACACUAAUGUUACUAAGGAUAUAAACCAAAAUACAACAAAGGAAGAAGCUAGUGAAAGUGAAAAACCUAAUGUUGCAUUAUCUACAGCACAAACAAACGUUAACAAUACAACUAUUGAUCCACUCAAGAGUAUGUCAGCUCGUUCUUUAUAUAAAAGUUCUAUUCCACCUGCUCAAAAAUCUGAAAUAAUGACUAGAAAAAAGAACAGACUUGAGGGUCUUACCAGCAAUUUAGUAUCAAAAAUUAACCCAAGUGCAGCAACUAAAGUUCUUGAUACACUUUUGAAUAACAACAUACGAAAAUCAAUUGAAUCUCGAAUUCUUGAAAAAGAGAAAAAUAAUACGGACUGUGGAAACAAAGUAUCUGACGAAAAGACUAAAACCAAAGAUUCAUCACAAAUGAAUACAAGAGCAAGUGUUAUUAAAUCUCCUGUGUCUAAAAGUAAAGUAAUGGAUAGUAAAAAGACUAAAGUGGCGGAAAUUAUAAUAGAAAGAUCUAUAAUUGUAAAUGUUGAUAAACCGACAGGCAUAUUUGAAUCAUCGAUUGACUUAGAAGAUCAAAUACCUAAAUCUUCUAUUUGUGUAAGCAAUGGUUUAAGUGACAGCCAUAAAGGUAAACAUAAAAUCAAAGGGAUCGAUAGCAAAAGCUCAAAUUCUUUGCUAGCACCUAUAGACACCGAAUCCGAUAUUCCACUAGCAUUAAUUUCGGAGGCGCCUGAACCUAUUAUUAGGCCUAAAAGAGGUGAGUCUAUAGCGUCAGUUUUAUCUGAUAAAAUACAAGAAACAACAGGUGGUCAUAACUUACGUCAAACUAAAAGAACUCUGGCUGGCGAAUCUGAAGAUUCUAAUGAUAAGAAAAAGAAGAAAACCACAAAUAAUUUAAUACGCGAAAGUAAAUUAGUUCUGCCAACAAAAGUAAUGCUUCCUAAACUUUCAACGGAAAAAUUACUUGCUUCCGAUCCAAAUAAAAAAGCAGUUUUACCAAUUGAAACUAAGGAACUUACUCCCACCACCGUUACGAAAACAACAGAAACGUCUAGAAAGCGUACCAGAAGACGAAAAGCAAUAAAUAGAACCGGUUUCCCUAGCAUUAAGAAAAAGAAAAAGAAAUUGGAACCGAGUCUUAAUGUCACCUCCGAAAGUCAUUUUACCUCUGAGGAUAAUGAUCAUUCCGCAUUCGAAAGAGUACCGAAAGAUGGUGAAGCUAUGAGUAGUUUCUUAGAACGGACUACGAAUAGGAAACUAGAACUGAAAGUUGUAUUGAAUAAAGACGAACUACCGAAACAAGGCCGGUUGACCGUAGUAGCUCUCGAAAAAUUGCAAGGCAAAGAAAUAUUAUCAAAUUCUAAAAGUAUCCAAAUUGAAAAGAGUGCAAAUGAGAAAAAGGUUGGAGGAUCCUCUAUCUUAAGAGCUCCUUCUUUACAACUGAAACAGAACAAAAACGAUAAAGAAGUUAAGAAUCACGUAAACAAAUGGGAAGUUCUUAGUGAAAGUGAUAGUAUCCCCUCCUUGACGAGUUCUUUGAGCAACGACCCUGAAGACAGCAUACCUUUAAGUUUACUGAAUUUGAAGGCUGACAAGCAUACUAGUCGAUUGGAUAAUUUAGAAAGACUGAAACGUAAGACAAGGGCUAUGUCACCUUCCCAUGAAAUAGAAGAAAUAUUUUCGAAACGCAAAAAUGUUGAAAAGACUACAAAAGAAGGCUUGAGGCCCAAGUCAAGUUUGGCAAUCCUAUAUCCAAGCGACAGGAGAUUUACGAGAAGUUCUGAUAACACAGCUGACGAUGGAAAAACUAAAGCUAAAAAAGUUGAAAACAAAAAACCUGUGCCAGAAGCAUCAGAAAAAACCACCAAACCAUUGAGCAUUGUCACGCGAAGAAAAUCAAGAUCUUGUCAUGUUAACAAGAAGGUCAAUGAGAUACAUUCCAGUUCACGUGAAAGCUCAUUGGACACCGUCAUCAGCCGGAGAAUACCAUCUAAAUCGCGCGAACCGUCCAUCGACCACCUACAAGACCACGAUGAGAACGACCCGUUGCCUCUCAAUGAGAAGGAAAUUGACUUUGAGAAAAGCAUCGACGUGCUUUCGAAGAGCAUUAUCUGCAAGAAACGAGUUGCAUCUUCGCGUGACGAAAGCCCAGUUAAUGGUGUUGAUGGUCGAGACAAACCGGUUGUGUCCAAGAAAAAUCCUCGUCUAAGAAAGAAGUUUUUAGCCGCUGGUCUGUUCUCAGACUAUUACAAAGAAGAUCCAAAGCCCGAAGGGAAGGGCAAGAAUCUUGUCACCCAAACGGAAUUUCCACCUGGGUUGCUGGGUCCACCGCCUUAUUGCGAACGAUGGGUACGACGUAGUAUGCAACACUUCUCGCUGCCUUACGAUAUAUGGUGGGAACAACAUUACAACCAACCUGUACCAUCCUGGAAUUACAAAAAGAUACGCACGAAUGUGUAUUACGACGUGAAGCCAUCGGCGGAAGAGUGCGAGAGCGUCGCUUGCAACUGUGUGCCGUCUUCGAGUUGCAACGAGGAUUGUAUCAACAGACUUGUGUAUUCCGAGUGCUCGCCACAAUUGUGCCCUUGUGGAGACAAGUGCAAAAACCAACGCAUCCAACGUCACGAAUGGGCUUCAGGUCUCGAAAAGUUCAUGACGGAAAACAAGGGGUGGGGAGUUCGUACUAAGAACCAAAUUAAGUCCGGCGAUUUCAUACUCGAGUACGUCGGUGAGGUCGUCUCUGAUAAGGAGUUUAAGGAGCGUAUGGCGACACGCUACGCACGCGACACCCACCAUUACUGUCUACACCUAGAUGGUGGGCUUGUCAUUGACGGUCACCGAAUGGGUGGUGACGGCCGUUUUGUCAACCACUCGUGCAGACCCAACUGUGAAAUGCAGAAGUGGACUGCCAAUGGUACAUUUAGAAUGGCGCUGUAUGCACUGCGGGACAUUGAUCCUGAUGAGGAGCUGACAUACGAUUAUAACUUCUCGCUAUUCAACCCGGCUGUUGGACAACCCUGCAAAUGCGAUUCGGAGGACUGCCGCGGUGUCAUUGGCGGAAAAUCGCAAAGAAUCACCAAACAACCAGUGAAAACUCAAUCGAGAACGCCAUCCAACGCAUCGAACCAGUCCAACAGUUCCAACGGGAACCAACCGCGGGUCGGCAGGCCGCGGAAAGCCGUCAAAUGCAACAAGAAGUCCGAACAACAAAGCGUCAGCGCUUGCGACAUCAAGAAUAUGACGAUACUCAAGUACCAGCAGCAUCUGAACAAACUCUGGCAGGAGCCUCAAAUGAAACCCCUUACUGCGAAAGAGAGAGCCUUGGUGAAGGAACGGCAUUGCUUCCUCUUUAGGAAUUUAGAAAACGUACGUCGUACUCGGGAGCGUCUAUCCCUUCCAAUGCCACCUUCUCCGCCUAACUCUGCCCCGCCCCCUCCACCGCCUCCCGUCACCCCUCAACAAUCAGUCGCCAGCACCCCUGUAGUCACCAACGUGAACCCACUAACACUUCCCGAUACAAUGAACCCCCAAGUGUUCCUAAAGAGGCUGCAGACUCUACGAGCCUCGAAGGAAGAAAACAUGAAAGAGUUGAUACGACUACAAGACGAUCAGAAUGCCGACGUCAAAACGCGGCUAGGAAGAGUUUUCAAGGCAAUCUUUAACGCAGUUAUUGCAGUAAAAGAUGACGAAGAUAAACCGGUUUGCUCGCUCCUACUAAAACUGAGACCGAGUCAAACAAAGUCGGACGCAACUGCUGUAUCGGACCUUAAUUCGAUACAGAGCAAAAUAGACGCCGGUCGCUACGAGAGCGUUGCGCAGUUCGACAGCGAUGUAAAUGGACUGUUCACCACCAUCAUACGUGAACACGGCAAGAUGACGGCCUUAGGAGCGGCAGCCACGCAACUGAGGAAGGUUUACAACGCUACAAAAUCAGAUUUCGCUGAAUACUUGUCUAAAACACUUGGUCCAAAUGAAUCUUUACCAACCGGCUUCGUCCAAAAAACUAAAUCUGAGGAAGUUAUCCUGUGCAUCUGCGGCCUGCACGUGGAGGAGGGUCUCAUGGUGCAGUGCGGGCAGUGCGGCGUGUGGCAGCACGCGCGCUGCGUACGCCUCAACGCGGACUCGGCGCACGACGACGCCGCCCACCACUGCCACUACUGCACCACCGAGCAGGUCGACCGUGAAAUUCCCCUCGACGAAUACACAGAUGAAGGUCACCAAUUUUAUCUUUCCUUGAUGCGAGGUGACCUCCAAGUGCGUCAAGGUGAUACCGUAUACGUUCUACGGGACAUACCCAUAAAUGACAAACGUCCGGACGUUAGCCAGAAGAACGGUGAAAAGAGCGAUUCGCCAAAAACAAAGCGUGUGGAUCGAAAGAAACUGAAAAUUGCGAAAGGGAGUAAGAGUGAAGAGAACACGCAGAAUAAGGAAGGCGAAGUCCGCAAGCACACUUACCAAACGAUCGGUGAAGUGCCGGUCUCAGAGCUAGACAUAUUCCGCGUGGAGCGCCUGUGGAAACACAAGGACACGCACGAGAGAUACGUGUACGGGCAUCACUACCUGCGACCGCACGAGACCUUCCACGAGCCCACCAGAAAAUUCUUCCACAAUGAAGUAAUGAGGGUACCGCUGUAUGAAGCAGUCCCCAUAGAACUCGUCAUGUCCCAAUGCUGGGUCAUGGAUCUCAAUACGUUUUGCAAGGGUCGUCCGGUGGGUGCAUCGGAGGAGCACGUGUACAUCUGCGAGUUACGCGUGGACCGAUCGGCGCGUCUGUUCACCCGCGUGUCGCGACCCAAGUACCCAUUGUGCACCAAGCCUUACGCGUUCGACCACUUCCCGUCGAGGCUGAAGCUUACACGCACUUAUGCUCCCCACGAGGUCUCGCCUGAGUACCUCAAAGGAAGAGCAGCAAAGAGCGCCACACCGGCUGAGAAACCUAAGAAUACUCCAGAAACCAAGAAAAAAUCCACUGCAACAUCUGCAGCGGCUGCACCCAAGGCACUAACACCGGCCGCGCGACGUGAACAACAAAAAGAUCGCGUGAACAACAUCGCAAGGCGACUGCUGGCGAGAGGUGGGCAAAGGGGGGCUGUUGAUGCUUCAUACCUACUUGCACCCAGAACAUCAAGGGUGCCUCGGCGACCUAGAACUAGACCAUCCUGACCCGCACGAGCUUGCACCACUUGCCCUUUAUAACGGUGCUGAACAAGUGUUAAAUAGUGAAAACUGAUAGCCCAAAGUGAACGAAAGUGAUAUAAUGGCCUAACGUGCCCAUUGCAACAAUGUAAAGUUUAACAUGAAUUGUUGUCAUGUUAAACGUUGAUACUGGGACUUCAAGCCCCAAGAAAAUUAUGAAAAACUGUUAUUAAUGUGUCUAUGAAUUAUAGAUAGCGUAAUGGCUUAGCUUUGUUUCCUCAAGCAGUCGCAACCUACGCAUGCACCACAGUUAUAAACAUAACAGUAUACUUACCAUACAGCAAUAAUGAUCGCCUCACAGAAUUAUCCAAUACAAGGAUAUUUUGUCAUUGCAUGUUAAAUGCAUCUAGGUUUACCUAAAGCUAAGAGUUAGGGACUAUCUUUUUAUUCUAAUAAAACAUCGUUAUUUGGUUCACCAUAGCUAAAAUGAAAUAUGCACAAAGAAUGUGUCUUCACACUAAGGCACUAUGUAAAUACAUAAUUUUAUUGCAUCUAAUGCAACUAGUUUACAUCUAUAAUUGUAAUGUAUUAUUGUAUAAUGGAUUUAAGCUAAAUUAGGAAUGAUGCAUUCAUGAUCACUUACUAAAAUAUAAUCUUUUUUGUUGUAAUUUGAUUGAAUAAUAAAGCGUCAUUGUAUGUCAGGGUACUGAGUAGAUAGGAAUUUCAUGGAAAAGUAAGGUUAAGGUUUGAUCAAAUUACAAUGAGAUUCACGAUAAUAUUACUUAAGUUGUACAACUGUAUAGCCACAAUGUAUCAUAAAUAUCACAUUCCUUGGCUCUAAUAGUCUUACACAGUUGGACUAUGUUUGAACUGCAAGUCAUAAGUUGACCUAAGUGCAUUGAAAACGCCAUUGGAUUGCAUAGAUUUGCAGGUGACUUGCUGUUCAAAUAGUCUGUAAGCAUGGACUCUAUGGUUUGAGACAAUAAUAAGGAUCAGCUUACAUAGCUGGGCAUGAAGUAUGGAUUGCUAACUCGAAUCUCUUGUAGCUUUUGUACAUAAGUUUGUAAUAUUUCCAUCGUAAAAUAAAAUAAUAUUUUUGUAAUAUACAUAGUUAGUUACUAGAUAAAGUACUUGUUUUCUUAUUAACGUAAUAAUAUUAAACAUUAGGUACCUAUUAAGAGUUAAGUUAAACUUAUUAAUUUAUU